GUUCUUCGUAGUUUACAAUUGUUAGUCAGAAGGGUUCGGAGGCGACGCCGUCAUAAAAACCCUAGCGAUUUGGUUCGAUUCAAUUAGGGUUUUUCUCUUAGAUUUCUAGCGAAGCAGAGAAACAAAAUUUAUUUUAUUAUUUGUCAAUACCCAUUUGAUAUUCGGUCGGGUAAAUCCGGUUUCAGAUCCAGAUUCAUUAAACAAUGUCUCGGUGCUUUCCUUACCCGCCUCCGGGCUACCAGAUCGAGUCGAUCAAGGUUUGUUGAGCAAAUUUGAUUUUUCCAUCUAGUGCUCGACUUGCUUUCGUUGCAAAAUUGCACUUGUAAUUGUAUUCUUGAUGUGUACUAACCCUUUUCGCCCUCAAGACGACUUAUCACUUAAUUUGACCCGCUAGUUUAACUAAUUUAGUUUAGUAAUUAAACCAUGUUUAAAUGUUGUAAUCUUGAUUAUUGCACAAUCGUGUUCCUGAUUCAUGAAAUCUUGAUUGGGUUUUUCGCUUGUGGCUCUAGGGUUUGAAUAAAAAGAUUGUUAAGAAAAUUGGUUCAAAAAUAGUUCAUCGGAUAAAAAACCCAUCAUAUUUUAGCAAAUGGGCAAGUGAUUUAAGCCUUGUUUUCUUGAAAUAAAUUUUAACCUAGCUUCUAACCUAUAAUGCUGUAGCUUUUCAUUUCUUGAAAUGAAUGAGCAAGUGAUUUGGAUUUACAAAUGAGCAAGUGAUAUGCAUUUACAACUGAGAAAGUGGUUUGCAUUUUGUGGGAAGGUGGAAGAUUUUUUAAUUCGUGAGUUGGGUAAUUCAUAGUACUUUGAUUCCUAAAAUUGUUCUUUUGGUACACAAAAGAUCCGAAAGGAAAAGGAGAAGUCUAUAACAGAAAGCCAUAAAGAUAUAAAGAAGGAGAAGAAAGAAAGAAGGAAGCAUAGGAAAGAAAACAAGGACCAAAUAUGUUAUACUGUGGGUAAGUCUCAUCAAAAGGGGAAAACCUUCCUUCCAAGGGAAAAAAAGGAAGAAGCUGAAAAGAGUGAUCUUACUGAAGAACACAAUGAGCCCGUAUGCCUUCAGAAUAUUUGCUAUUUGUCUGAUGAUGGCAUUCGGAGCAACAAGAAGAGGAAAUUGGAACAAGCAACUAAUGAUGACAAACCCCGUAAUGUCUUCCGCAUUAGGUUACCCUUGACAAGGCAUAAAGAGCCAGAUGUGCCUCUCAAUAGUGAAGGGUUGUGUUCUACUUCGGGAAGGGCAGAUUCUGUUUCUGGGCAGAAUGAAGGUGUCCAUUUAUCCCAUCAAGAAACUGUCAAUUCAAAGGCAGGUACUGUUGUCGGGGAACUUGCAUCUCCAGAAAAAAUGCCUUGCAUUUCAGUUUCAGAGAAGAAGAGCACUGUUUGCCAUGAAUCUGGGAUUUCUCGGUUCAAAUUGCCCAAUAAGAAGAUGCGGAAAGCAGACUCACCAUACAAAGUCUUAAUUGAGGAUUGGGUUUCACCACCUCCUCAGUUUGAGCUUAAUGAUUCUGAUGAUCAAGAAUGGCUUUCUGAGGCCUCAAAGCGAGAAAGGCAUGGGAACAAGAUACUAAAUGCUUGCCGUGAUGUCUUGUGUCACGAAAGUUCUUUGUUUCCACGCGGGCAUUACUUGCCUGAAGCUGAUGUAUACGCAUUACCUUAUACUAUUCCAUUUUGAUGUGAAGCACUGAGCAACUGUAAUCUGUUCAUGGUCUGAAAUUUUUUUGUGAGGUGGCCAUGAGCCAAUUUUGAAUAUGUAGUGCAGAUGUUUCUAUUGAUAGGAUAGGCAUAGGAUGUUGUUUAGAGAGGGAAACAUGUACAGUAACUUCUAAAUCAUGGCGGUUUUUCUUAUAAAAAAUGUGUGCAUCUCCCUUUCUAGCAAUCUUUGCUCUUAUUUCUUGCAAUGACUGAAAUUCAUUCGGUUGGCCAAGCAAGCAGUAACAAUCUAUCUGAAAUUCACACAGUUGCCCCCAAAUUCAAGGCUGAGUUAUGAAGGAGUACACAUCCCGAAUGUGAUGUUCUGGAAUAGCGUUUCUGUACUGCUCACUUUUUCAAUGUCUGAUGCAGAGUUUUCGCAGCCAGAAACAUUCUAUGCAUUGGAACGUUUGUGAAGCCCCAUCUGACUUGCGAUCUUGUAAAUCUUUAAUUUGGCCAUUAAUCUAUGCUUGUCUGAAGGGAUUGGCUGCAUCUUUGGCUUGUUUGCUUGGUUCUCAAUUCUAUCCCACAACUUGCACGAGAGUGUUUCGGAGAAAAAAGAAGUUUUCGGCAAAAAUUAAAUUUGCAACAGUGCCCCUCGAUCUAAACACUGGACGAUGGAAAAGCACCCCUAAGUGAAGGGCAUUAUCGGCAUAAGAACCGAUCUCACGCCUUUAUCUAUUCACCCUUUGCUCUCUGUUCUCGCUCGAUGCUCGGACGUUUAGGAGGUUAAACGAAAGCCAUUUUAGAAACCCUAACCCUAACCCUCACUCUGCGAUUCGAUUAAAAAUCCUCGAGCGAGCUCGAGUGAGGUUAGCCCAUUUAAGUUUUUUGUAUAUUCAAUCAGUUUUCGAUAAUUUGCUAUCGAUUGAUUAAAUAAAGAGAACAGUUUUCCUUUAAUACCCUUUACAAUAUUGGAGGAUUGGAUUUCAGUCACCAAGCAUAUAUCUGGUGAAUUAAGCAAUGUCUCGGUGCUUUCCUUACCUGCCUCCGGGCUACCUUACCGAAUCGAUUAAGCUCCAAGGGGAGAGUUUCGAGAAGGGAAAGCAUGAAGGGAGAAAGAGGGGGGAGAAGAAAGAAAGAAGGAAGCAUAGGAAAGGAAACAGUGAGGAAAGAAGUCGUGUUGGUGAUAAGUUCCAUCGAGAGGACAAAAGGUUCCUUCCAAAGGAAAGAGGAGGAGAAGAUGAAAAGAGCGAUCUUACUGAGGAAGAUAAGCAACCUCUGUCCUCUCAGAGCCUUUGCUACCUGUCUGAUGGUGGUAAAACUCAUGGUACCAUCAUUCGGAUUCAGCUGCCAUUGAGAAGGCAUAGAGAGCACGAUGCACCUGUUAAUGGAGCAGGGUUGUGCUCUUCUUUGGGAACAGCGGAUUCUGUUCCUCAAAAGAAUAAAAUUGUUGAAACUUCUUUGAGAUCAUAUGAUAAGGAGAUGCGGACAGCAGAAUCACUUUACCAAGAUUUGAUUGCGAAUUUGGAGGAAUCUUUUCAGUUUGAGCUGAACAAUCUUGUUGAUCAGGAAUGGCUUUUUGGGACAACAAAGCAAGACAGGCAUGGAUACAAAAGAUUGAAAGUGUGCCAUGAUGUCUCGUGCCAUGCUGAUUCUACUACGAGGCUGUGUGCGCAAUACUUACCCGAGGCAGAUGUUUAUGUAUUACCUUAUACAAUUCCAUUUUAAUUUUGAGGAAAAUAUUAAGCAUAGUCAAGAACUUGUAAGAAGUUCGUGGUGCCUAGUGCUUUUUUGUUGAGGUGUCCAUGAAUGAGCCUGAUGGGGCAGUAUUUAGAGUCGAUGCAGGAAUUGCUAAUUUUGAGACAAUAGGAGUUGGAAGCUGAGAUAGCCGCUGUCAUUUACUUGUAUUUCAUUUACAUCUGAUACAAGUUUCUUUCUUUUCUUUUUACGUUGUUGUGUUCAUUUUUAUUGAACCAUCUUAUAAAAUUCAUUAUUUUGCUAA